GACACCAGAAGUGAAAGGCAGCACCUUCUCGCGAGCCAGAAGAUCAACACACAACAACAACAACACCGACCGACCCCAACCCGCCGCUAACCCACCGCCCUGCGGCGGAAUGCACGACCGCAGCGCUUCGCCCCAGGUCACAAAAAGAACUCAAUACGAUAUAAAUACGCGUCCUCAUUCUCCUUUCCGCCCCUUCUCGUUCCACCGCGUGCGUAUUUAAUCUCCGCGUCUAUGAUCACCGUCUGCGCCCCCCGUUCGCGCUCUUGAAUGAAGGAUUAAGGCCUUGUCUGUAAGAGCAACACAAACAAAGAUGGAGAGUUUGUACAAGCGCAAGGUCUUCGCUUCGAUGCGUAAGACCAAGGCGGCGGAGUCCAAACGGAAACGGCAGAUCGGUCUUCCCGCCUCCAUCCUGGACGACAGCGACGAGGGCUCGUUCGGCAGCACGAGCAGCAGCAGCGGCAGCGGCGACAGCGGCAGCGGCGACAGCGGCAGCAGCGGCUCUGAGUAUCGCGGCAGCAGCGCGGCGGCAGAGAGCGGCGAGACGGGGGGGUCUUCGAGUGACGAUAGUCGCGCAGUCUCGCGUAAACGUAAGCGCUCCUUUAUCGCCGAUAAAGACGACAGCUCUUCCAGCAGCGACACGGACGACCCAAAGGCCGAUGGCGAAUGCGACGUCAAGCGCAAAGUGCAGCCCAAGAAGCGCAUCCGCCUGCGCAGGCCCGAGUCCGACUCGGACGUGGACGCGGUAGCGGAGCGGGAACAGAGGCGGAAGCGUGCGGCGGAGAAGAAGGAGACGGCAGCCAAGCGCAAAGAGCGGCACGGAAAACUGCUCGCGCUCUCCAGACGCAUGAAGUCACGCACGCGGGACGCCCGUCGCCGCGGCAAGGAGGGGGAGGAUGGAUCAAGUGACGAAGAUGAGGAUGAGGAUGAGGAGACAACAAAGGUGGUCGCUACCGGCAACGGCAGUGCAUAGUUACACCGACCCCAGCAGAGGAAGAUGAAGAGGCUUUUACUUUUGUUUUCAGGGUUUCUGACUUCCUGUUGGAUGGACAUUAGAUAAGAUCUAACCAGAUCAGACAGGACUUUAUGACAGACAAUUUCAGAGAGAACAGGAAAAGAAAGCAAAAAAAAAAAGAUAGGACUUGUUUUCAUUACUGUUACAACCAGAUGACGUGAUUUUGUGACAUAAUACAAUGACGUCAAAGCUUGGUUAUAUUUCUCAAUGUUUAUUUGAUCAUCAGUCCAUCCAUCGCUUUGCUUUCUAACUUGUCAUGAAAACAUACAUUUAAAAAAAAAUAAA